GGCCAAACAGCGCUACAUUACGCUGCUGAGAGAGACUUCACCGCCAACAUAAAAGUCUUGGUUGACCACGGUGGUGACAUAAACACCGCUGAUAACUAUGGAUUCUCUCCGUUGCUCUGGGCUGUGGCUGCUGAUGAAAGGAACGCCGUCACCAUGCUGCAAGGCAUGGGCGCCGAUGUUAAUUCAAGCAGCGCGGAUGGAAAGUCUGCGCUGGCUUGGGCAGCCUGUCUGGGCAGAGCUUGGCUUGUCUCAUUGCUUCUGGAAUACGGCGCCAGUGUGUCUGGGAACGGAAACACGCAGAUGGUGCCGUUGGAAGACGCGGCAAGUUUUGGUGCCCUUCACGUCGUACAAAUGCUUCUCAGUCGUGGCGCGGAUUUGAAUUAUCGUGAUCGCGAUGGUUGGUCCGCAAUACAUUGGGCAGCAGAGGAGGGCCACGUGGAGAUUGUGCGCUUGUUGUUGGACCGGGGGGCCGAUGCCCAUGCUGUCAGCUCUUAUGGCACGUCACCGCUACACUGUGCUGCAAACGGAGGAAACAUUUCCAUUGUGAGUUUGCUUCUUCAACAAGGAGCCGAC